ACCCAAGCCCGACAGAAAGCCUAUCAUGAUACCCACUACAAAUUAGCUCCGGGUUUGACAUUGGUGAAAAAGUGUUGUUGUAUAAGACCGCAAAGGAACAAUCCAAAAGUAGCAAGUUCGAGCUGA